CCCCUUGAUGUAUAAAAAAUAUCACAAGACCAACACGUUUUUAUUGUUUAUUCAUUAUUUGUGCAACCUAUAAGGUUCUGUGUGGUAACUCAUGUAACAGAAUAUACAUGUAUAUUUUAUCUCACAAGAAAUGUGUCUAGUCAUUUGGGUUCAGUUAUUUUUGCAAAAUAUCCUCUAUUGAACCCCAUACUUACCUGUCAUUCAACCUUCAAUCUACACAGUGCAAACCAUGCCUACACCAAGAACUGCCUUUAUUGUUUGUUUGUUUUUAAAAGUAUCAUGUAACCUCUGACAGACACUAAAAUAUUAACUAUAAAGGUUUUAUGUAAUAUUUGUAUUAAUCACCAUUCAUGUUUUUUGUUUCUCUUAUGUCAGAGUAAAAUGUCUGUGAGACCUGACUCCUCGUUUUGAAUCCGCAGCGACGCAGUAUAGCGACGCCCAGUUUUGUUGGCUGGUGCAAUUCACAAUACACAAUUACUUUCCUGUACAACGAGCAGCGUGUAGAGACAGGGAGCAGGCGCGCUAGUACCCUGCCUGAAGGGGUGUGUAUGUAUGACACUUCCGCGCAUCAGCGAUUAGACAUCAAAUAUUAACCUGCGGCACAGCGUGGAGCAUCGCCCACCCGGACUCUACGCGCGGUUACCUUGCCGCGUCUCGGCUCAUCUCCGGAAUCUAACGGGACAUUCAACCGCACCCCUCUAGAAUUGACAGCGAUUACAGUCCCUUUAAUAGUGUCCAUUCUCGUGCCGAUCGUUAACACCCGUUUGAAUAGCCUCCGACGCGGAGUUCACAAAGUGAUGGGACAAGUCUUCUGCGACCACGGGCAAUGACACUGACCUACACAGAGAGAUAGGGAUGGAUGCAAAAGUGUGGGAAAUGUUCGCUUUGAUUGUCGUGUGCUGCAGCUUCUGUCUCCCGGCACUUGCAGAGGUGAUUGGUGAUGACAGCUACCUGAAUGCCGUGCAGAGCACAGUUCCACUGUCCUGUUCGGAGGGCUUCACAGAACUGGGCUACUACAACGGAACCGUCUCCCAGACGGACUCGGGCUCGCCCUGCCUGAAAUGGACCGAGUUUCCCGACUACGUGCAGCAGUACCCGGGCCGCGGCCUGGGCGACCACAGCUACUGUCGGAACCCGGACCGCGAGUCCAACCCCUGGUGCUUCUUCAGACAGAGCUCAGGAGCCAUCGGCUGGGCCUACUGCGACUGUCACCAGGGUGCAGUCAGGCUGGUGGGGGGCGUGUCCUCUAAGAGCGGGCGUCUGGAGGUCUACCUGAAUGGCCAGUGGGGGUCUGUGUGUGCCACACACCUCAAUGACCGUGAUGCCAGUGUCCUCUGCAGACAGCUGAAGCUGGGUGAGAUCGGAACGGCCCUGCAGAACUCUCACUUCAGUGCUGGCUCUGGCCUCUUCCACUACGAGCGCCUGGGCUGCCGCGGCAACGAGAGGUCCCUGCUCGAGUGCCGGAGCAGGAAGUUUGUUACCAGUGACUGUAACCAUGGCAACGAGGCCGCUGUUUUGUGCGCACCACCAGAAGGAAGCGCCCCUCCGCUUCGACUAGUUGGAGGGGAGGAGGAGUUUGAGGGGAGGGUGGAGGUGUUCCACGACGGAAGGUGGGGCUCCAUCUGUGACGACCAAUGGGACGACAGGGACGCAGCGGUGGUGUGCAGACAGCUGGGACUGGGGGGGGUCCCUAAGUCCUGGUCCUGGGCCCAUUUUGGCCAGGGCAGCGGGCCCAUCCUGCUGGACGCGGUGCAGUGCUCUGGGAACGAGCUCUCCCUGGACGAGUGCCCUCGCAGCGGCUGGGAGCAGCACAACUGCGACCACAUGGAGGAUGCUGGCGUGUCCUGCAACCCAUACACCGAUGGCGUGGUGAGGCUGGUUGGCGGUGACAGCCCUUGGGAAGGUCGUCUGGAGGUGUACCACUCCGGAGACUGGGGCACUGUCUGCGAUGACAACUGGACAGAGAAGCACGCACAGGUGGUCUGCCGACAGCUCGGCUUCAGGGGGCGAGCUGAGGUGGUGGUGGACGGGGCGUUUGGCGAGGGCGCGGGGCUGAUCCUGCUGGACGACGUGCAGUGCGAGGGCACAGAGACGUCGCUGCUGGACUGCCGGCACGGCGUGUGGGGCCGCCACGACUGCUCCCACAGCGAGGACGUGGGGGUGCGCUGCCAGAAACUGGCCGAGGAUAACGAGGUGCCCGUGGAGGAUCCAGAAGCAGGUCCUCCUGUGCGUCUGAUGGGGGGAGAGGACCGUAAGGAGGGGAGGGUGGAGGUCCUUAUUGACGGAGAGUGGGGAGGCAUCUGCGAUCAUGCCUGGAACGACGUCAAUGCUGCCGUAGUCUGCAGACAACUUGGAUUCAUUGGCGUGUCCAAGGCUCGUCCGAUGGGUUUCUUUGGCCCUGGGAAGGGGCCCCUCCAUCUGGGUCGGGUGCGCUGCACGGGAAAGGAGGGCUCUCUGGGUGAGUGCCCCGCCAAGGCCAAGAGCAGCGGAGCCUGCGAGCACGGUGAAGACGCGGGCGUGGUGUGCGACUACGUGCCCGAGCCGCCCGCCGACGUCGCCGUGGUGGGCACGAACACCUGCGGGCUCCGCACCAACGCCGAGAGGAGGAGCAAGAGAAUCAUCGGCGGGUACAAGUCAAUCAGGGGGGACUGGCCUUGGCAGGCGUCGCUAUGGCUGCGCUCCCAGUCCAGGGGGAGCCAUCCGCUGUGUGGAGCCACCCUCAUCAACGCCUGCUGGGUGCUCACCGCCGCACACUGCUUCAGGAAGUUUGGCACCGACCCGUCUCGUUACCUGGUUCGCCUGGGCGACCACCACACCACCGAGCAGGACGACUUUGAGCGUAUGCUCUCGCCCGAGCACAUCAUCGUGCACAGGAAGUUCGCACCCCAGAGCUGGGAGCAUGACAUCGCCCUGAUCAGGCUGCGAGGCACAGAGGGCAAGUGCGUGGCCUUUAACCCCCACACCAAUGCAGCCUGCCUUCCUGCUCAGGGCAGCAAGUGGGGCAAGAGACCUGCCUCCUGUGUCAUCACUGGCUGGGGGGUGUCAGACUCUGAGGAGCCCGCCUUCCUCCAACAGGCUUGGGUCCCGCUGCUCCCCGGCGGUCAGUGCAAGAAGCGCUACGGCGAGCGCUACACCAGCCACAGCAUGCUCUGUGCCGGCACCCUCUCCGACCGCCACCGCGCCGACAGUUGCCAGGGCGACAGCGGCGGCCCGCUGGUGUGCCAGGCCGAGGGCGAGCGCUGGGUGCUCACCGGCGUCAUAUCCUGGGGUCACGGCUGCGGCGACCCUUCCUCGCCCGGCGUCUACGCCCGGGUCAGCCGCUACCUGCCGUGGAUCGAGCAGGUCACGCACAGCACCGCCCCGCUCCAGGUCUGAGCUCCCGGCCACACCACUAGCCCUCCGGCUGGCUUCACGAGACUAUCUGGAGGCGGGGUUGAUUAAGAGACAGUGAGCCUGCUCAAAAAAAAAAAGAAAAACGACGACGACGUGCUCUACGCCAAUGCCAUAACAGUCUGGGAUCGUCCAGUUGAACGUCACUCUACUCUACUCUACUUUUUUCUCUUACUCAGACGUUAUCAGAAGCUGGUUCUUGCAUUAUAAGCCAGCACUUUGGUUAUAUAUAUAUAACAAAGAAGGGCAACAAAAAUCUUUCAGGCAGUCUUUCAAGAUUCUUCUCUCAGUCCAGACCGUCUUGAGCUAUAGUGUGUCUUUUGGUCUAUUGUACAUUAAAAUGUCUUAGUUGCUAUCAGGAGGCCACAGUGCAUGUUAACUCUAUGUAUGGUAUCUUCAAAAAAAGAGAAAAGCCAUUUGUGUACCACUGUCUGAGCCUUUAGCAUGGUAGAGAAUGGCAGUGUGGAUUCAUCAUGAAACUGGCAGGUGAAUGGAUAGGGUCAGUGCUUUCUGUUUCAAUGACUGUAGGUGUUCACUGGAUGUGCAGUAUAGUCAUUCUUACCAUACAAGCGGGCUGGUAGUCUUCAAACAACACUCACUGAUUCAAAUUGGGUGAGAAAGCCUCCACAACAGUGGUCUCAGAAUUCGCCACACAAUAUCUUUUCAUACAAGUGCUCUCUUUGGGUAGCCUAUGCAGGUUGUUCAUCAUCUAAACUAACGACGCCUCUUCUGAGUUCAAGAAGUGUGUUAUUGUGAUGUUAACAAUUCAAUAAUUGGACUUAUGAAUUGAACAUAUUACGGGAGUAGCGAAAGAGUAUUUUUGGUAAUACACAAUGGACGCGUUUAGGAAGUUACUUUUACAGUAGCAAGAUCUCGGCUGCGCACGCAGGGGUAACGAGAGGACAAGUUGUCAGUGGAUUUAGGUGCGUAUUCUUAUAGACUUAUACUCUUUUUUUCCGUAGUGUUGUGGUCUAGACGACGUGGUCCGAGUAAAGACUGUAAACAGAUUUCUGGUGCAUAGCGUUUUUUUUCUUCCGUAACAGACUAGGACGCUUGUAAUAAUGUCGUGUUUCUGUUGUCACGAAUAGCCACUUUUUCCAAGGUGCGGACUAUUUUUUGCAAUAGCUUUUCUCUAGUGCCAUUAUAAAUGAUGCGAAUGUUUGCUCCUUAAUAUAAGUUGUUAAUAUUGGCUAUUUAUCAUUUUGGGAUAGCCCAUCUCAUACACAGUGUUGUUUUUUCAAAGGGUGCCAAUAAUUAGUCAACCAUGUCUGUAUUUUGUUAAAAUUUUAGUUUGAGAUGUUGUGUAAUGAUUUUGAAAAGGGCGCAAGUGUUCGAUAUGCUUUGCAGAAAGCUGCGUGUACGUGAAUGCCCCAUUAGGUGGCGACAUUGUGUUAUUGAUUGGGACAACUUUGGUGUGAAAUUUCAGGAUUGUUGAUAAACUUUACCUUACAGGAGAGGAGACGUGUACAAAAGUAUUCCAUCCAAGUCAUUGCGAUGGACUUUUAGGGGAAACGUGGGUUUGUUGAAAGGAAGUAGACUAUUGUUAUGAAUCACAGGCUACUAGAUAGCCUAGACCUAAUCUGUGAAAUGUCUCUUCCACCCACUGAAAACGUUUAUUUGUCCCAUUCCGACUUAUUCAUGAAACAUGUUUUUAUUCGAAUGAAGUCUCUGUGUAGAUAUCUCCAUUGUAAGUGCAUCUGGUGCAGUAACGUAUCCAUCAUGUGACAGCAAGACUUUUAUUUGUAUUUGUGUCAAUGGUCUUUUCUCGAGUUCUCUCUGCGGUUCUCUCUCGAGUACGUAAUGCAAACGUGAUAUGAUUCCGAGCGAUCUGAGUUGCCUGUGUCCUCGGAGGCAUUUCAUCCCCUGCCGCCCUGCCCUUUACCCGAAUGAUGCCUGCACCGUACCCCUUGUCAUCACCGGAAUGGAUCUAAAGAGCCCUUCUUGACCCAGCCUUCUUCACUCGAGUUCUUCAUGCCGUAAAGGGUUAACCGAGGACGCUUAUGGAAGACGGAGGAAAGAGUUGCAUGUCAUGCAUUAAUUUGUCUGGUCGUUUGUGGUGUUUGAUGUUUCAUGCCAUCAUUCUUUGACAGGCUCUGAUAAUGAAACGGUAAUGAAAUAAAAUGCUAUCAGUAUUUCCAUGUGAGACAAGUGCCAAAAUAAAUGAAUUCUCGUGACACA